CAACUGCAGUUGCAGUUGUGCCACUCAUCAGUUGUGCUUUGAUCAUGACGGACGAAACAACACCGCUGACCGCCGCCGCCAGCAGCUCCGGUUAUGUGGCCCUGCCGCCGUAUCAGGGACCAACCUAUGUGUUUCCUGGCGGCGUCUCUCCGCGUGCGCGUCGCUCCAAAAUGAAGCAGUUUCAGUGUUGCAUGACCGUGACGUUUGUAGUGAUUGUGAUUGCCGCCCUCUGUCUGGCAUUGUGGUUGAGUGGAAGUGGCUAUGGCAGAGGUGAGAACAGCGACGGCGAAAACAGUCCCAGCUUCUUUUUUGUUACAAACGAGAGUUCGGUAAUUGAGACUUUAGCAGCCACUAAGCGACCCAUACCGGAUGAACCUGAGGCCGAUUGGGCGCUGCGCCGCGAGACACUGGAUCCCAAGGAGGGAGCUCAGGCGGUUAGUGCUGGCAUCAAGGCGCUGGGCGAUCGCGAGAUCCUGGAAGAAGGUCUGCAGCCCAGUGCGAUUAAUACGCCGCAAUAUCGACACUAUCGUUCGCUUAGCACCAAUCCGGAGGCACGCAAGUUGGCACGCCGUGGUUACGUGGAGAAUCAUGCCACGCUGGAGAUUGCCCAGCGCUUCAACUACACGAAGGAGCCGGGACGCAGCAACAUUGGACUUGGUCCCGCGAUUGUGCUGCCGGAUCCGACAGUGUUGCGCUUGGAUUGUGACUUCAAUGAGCGUUUCAGACGUAGCACGGGGGUGUGCAACAACAAGGAUCAUCCACGCACCUAUGGCGCCUCAAUGGUGCCCUAUCGUCGUAUGGUGGCGCCGGAUUAUGCCGAUGGCAUUGCAGCGCCAAGAGCAAGUCAUCAUGGGCAGCUGCCGCCAGCGCGACAAGUCUCGUUGAGCAUACAUCGCUCCAGCUAUGAAACAGACUCGAAUUUCACAGUGAUGCUGGCGGUGUUUGGUCAGUUUCUGGAUCACGACAUCACAGCCACCUCGCUGACAACAGCGCAAGAAGGCGACUCCAUCGAUUGCUGUGCAGCGCGCACAGAGGAACCGCAUCCUGAGUGCUUUCCAGUGCACAUACUGCCCAAUGAUCCCUACUAUCAGCACUACAAUUUAAGCUGCAUGAAUUUUGUGCGUUCCGCUCCGGCACCCACGGGAAGAUUUGGACCGCGGCAGCAAUUCAACCAGGCAACGGCUUUCAUUGAUGGUUCCGUGGUCUAUGGCAACUUGGAGCAACGGCAGCGCCAGCUGCGCACCUACAUUAAUGGCACUUUGCGCAUGUUUGUCACCGAGGAUGAACGCGAGUUGUUGCCCAUCUCCUCGAAUUCCGAGGAUGGCUGCAAUCGUGUGCUGAUGACGCGACAGGGCAAAUACUGCUUCGAGUCGGGCGAUGAUCGUGCCAAUGAGAAUCUACUGCUGACCUCCAUGCAUCUGCUGUGGGCCAGGCAGCACAAUUAUCUGGCACGCAGACUGCACAAGCUCAAUCCAGACUGGGAUGAUGAACGUAUCUUCCAAGAGGCACGCAAGAUUGUGGGCGCUCAGCUGGCGCACAUCACCUACAAUGAGUUUCUGCCCGUGCUGCUGGGCCGUAAUCUUAGCCAGGCCAAGGGCCUGUUGCCUGCGAGUGACAAUCUCAAUGCGCCGGACACUUACGAUCAUCGUGUGAAUCCCAGCAUUGCCAAUUGCUUUGCAGGCGCCGCGUUUCGCUUUGCCCACACUUUGCUGCCGGGUUUAUUCAAUGUGUCGCGAGACAAUAGCACACCCGAGGCCAUGGAGCUGCACAAGAUGCUGUUCAAUCCAUUCUCGCUUUGGUCUCGCCAUGGCAUCGAUCAUGCGCUAUUGGCAGCAGCAAAUACGCCAGUGUUGCGAGUCGAUCGCUUUUUCUCGCUGGAGAUCACUCAGAAGCUAUUCGAAGGCACUGCGGAGGACAAAGUGCCAGUUUGUGGUUUGGAUUUGGUUUCAUUGAAUAUUCAGCGUGGUCGCGAUCAUGGCAUACCGGCUUACCCGGUAUUUCGACGACACUGUGGCCUGCCUCCUGUGGAUACCUGGGAGCAAAUGGCGUUGGCUGUGGACAAUUCCACCUUGGUGUCCAUCAAGCAGAUCUACGACUCCCCACAGGAUGUUGAUGUCUAUACGGGUGCUCUCAGUGAGCCGCCGCUAGAUGGCGCCAUAUUUGGGCCACUGCUUAGCUGCCUUGUCUCUGAUCAGUUUAUGCGUAUCAAGCUGGGCGAUUCCCAUUGGUAUGAGCGUAAAUUUGGCCCACAGCGAUUCACAAAACCACAAUUAGCCGAGAUUUAUAAAAGCAGCUUGGCUGCCAUCAUUUGUCGCAAUUCCGAUGGCAUUCAUGAGAUACGAGAGCAUGUGAUGGAGCGUCAUCGAUCUCAGGGCAAUCGCUAUAUCAACUGUGAAGAUUUGCCUGGAUUUGAGUUUGAUUUUGAACCCUGGUCGGAGGCCAAGCAGGCGCCAAGGCUGCACAAGGCGAGCUUUAGUCAGCCGAUGUCUUUGGUGCGCGUAAUGGAGCCAAUUUGGAGAGGCAAUGAUACCAAAGAUCAUACAAUGGGCGUUCUGACGGCGGCAAAUCAAUCGAAAAGCACUUAAAUCAACUCAGCAACUUUACAAGUGGUAAUUGCAUUUAAUUAAGUUGUACAUUUUUGCAAUAUCAGAACAAUAUGCAAAUUCCUGUACAUAUUAAAUAUGAAACUACUUAACAUAGAGAGAAUCAAUAAUUAUACGAUGAAG